AGUGUAAAAGAUAUACCAAGGUAUAUGAAGCUGUUGUUAAGGUGAAAUAACACAUCAUCACAUAAUGACCGACCGCUGAUCGAAACGACAUUUCGUUUUAUUAAAAGGAUUUUAUGGACUGAAAUAUGUAAUUUAUUCCAUAGCCGAGUGGAUAAAGUGUCGGACAUUUGAUCCGAACAUCCCGAGUUGGAAUCCCGCAGGGGCUUUUGUUGUUACUUACGGGAAUAAUUAUUUUAGAUAUUCAUUUUUUAUCCCCAAACUGCAAAUUUUUCGCUUAUUUGACAUUUGUACAGUUUAUUUAUCAUUAUAUCUUUCAUUAUCCAAAAAUUCCCUGUUAAUUCGAGUGACUUUUUCCAGGUGUGUUAUUCCACCUUAGGUGAUAAACCGACUGCCAUAAUAAAACAACAUUUAUUAUUAUACUUUCAUGUUAAAUUCCGAAAUCUGAUCGGUUAAGACGCAGUUGGUAAUCCGUUCUAUUACCCACAGCGUUAGCAACACACUUGGCAACGGGUAACACAACGAAUUGUUACAUGCGCGUAAAUUAUGCGCGUACGGUUUGUCGUAGAAUUCACUUCAUUUCUAUAUAAAAGUAGUAAAAUUUUCUUUAAGAAUAAGACAUUCAGUAUGAUAAAAUAAAUAGUGCAUGUUUCAGAGAUGUAACAAAGAUUUCAACAACACUGUCAACCGACGCGAAGCGGAGGUUGACAAUGGUUUUCUUGGGAUGUCCUCCCAAACAGGCACUAUUUAUAUAAUGCAUUAUCUUCACUAGCCACGUUCUUGAUCGUUCUCAGAAAUUACAGAAAUCGAACACGUGGCUAGCCAAGACUUACAACUGUAUAAGCCGUACACACAGAAAUUGAAAAUGGUUCAUUUUACCAGUUCUGUAGUAUAUGACCUUGGACUUUUAAGUUGUCCAAAGUGUGAUUUAGGUGUCCUGUUAUAACGAAAAUCAAGUCAUAAUUUUCAUUGUCAUGAAGGGUCCCGACGAUAUCAAAAAUGCACAUGUUCUGCAGUGUAUUUAUAUCAAACAGGCCGGGGUUUGCUUUUACCUAAGUCGUGAAAUAAUACUCCACUGCAAACUGCAGCCACUACCAAUCGCGAACCCUGUAAAAUGCCUGCGUGCACAGAUGUUUGUGCUGAUAACAGCAAACUUGCAACUGUUCUUUUGAUUUGGUUUGAUUAUACAGAGUAAGGUCACCCUGAUAUAGAAGUAGGACUAAGUACUAAUAGCUUGCUGUCAUGUCAAAACCUGAAGAUUCCGGUGAUCAGGACCAGAAAAGGUUCUCUACUGAGAAGGAUGAAUCUGAACACGUGACUUUGCUUCGUUUACCAAAGACUCAAAGCGAUUUGGACGAUCUCACCGAAAAACAGCACCAAGAUAAAGAAAGCGCAAACAAACAAUGCACAGAAUGUUGGACCCGCGAGAACGUUUGUACCUAUAUAUUAUCCCUGUUUCCAAUUGUACAUGUAUUACGUCAUUACAAAAUCAAAGAGUUUCUCCUGAAAGACGCCAUCAGUGGAUUGUCGACUGCGUGUUUACAUUUCCCUCAAGGAAUGGCGUUCGGAAUACUUUCAACUUUGGCGCCAAAGUAUGGACUCUAUACCUCCUUCUUUCCUGUUGUUCUUUACGUGAUCUUCGGAACUUGCCCAUUUGUAUCUUUUGGAACUAAUGCUGUCAUUUCAUUGUUCACUGCAAAUAUAAUACAGAGCCAGUUAUCGCCAUCCAUAUUACUUGAAGGUAACAGUAGUUCCAAUGCCAGUAUAGGGCAAAUAAGUGAAGAGGAAUUCGUUGAAAUGAAGGCUGCAGUUGCAGCUGGGUCCUCGCUAAUAGUAGGAAUCCUACUUCUAAGUUUGGGAUUACUAAGGCUUGGAUUUAUUGCGACGUAUAUGUCUACUCCGUUUGUCGGGUCGUUUACGACUACUGCCGCAAUCCAUAUUAUGUCCAGCCAGGUUCCGAAAAGCCUAGGUGUUCGGAUACCCUCGGUUUCUGGACCAGGGAAACUUGUAAUAACAUACAUUGAAAUCUUUAAGAACAUCACCUCAGCAAACGUUGGGUCCAUUAUCACGUCCAUUAUUUGUAUAAUCAUUUUAGCAUUUGUGAAAGAUUUCAUUAAUGAAAAAUUCAAGUCCAAAUUAUUCAUGCCAAUACCAAUAGACUUAAUACUUGUGAUCCUAGGUACCGUUAUUUCUUAUUUUGGUGAGUUAAACUCUAACUUCAACAUUCCUGUGGUUGGCAAUAUUCCACCCGGGGUACCACCCCCUACACUCCCCGACCUGAAAACAGGUAUCAUAGGCGACUCCAUUGUGGUCGCCAUCAUAGUGUUUGUUUUGACCAUCUCCAUGGCAAAGGUCUGUGAGACAAAAAACGCCAUCAACGCUGACCAAGAACUCGUGGCGUACGGAAUGGCCAACCUUGGCAGCUCCUUUUUCCGUUGUUUUCCUUCUUGUGUGGCUCCACCACGUACCAUCUUACUGAAAACCAUGGACUCCAAAACAACCUUAAACGGUAUUUUCUCGGCACUGGUGAUUCUUCUUAUAUUGCUCUUUUUAGGUGAGUACUUUCAGUACUUGCCAUUACCAGUCUUGUCCAUUAUGGUGAUAAUGGCAGUCAAAAACCUGCUCCUUCAGUUUCGCCAGUUACCACGCUUAUGGAAGGUCAACAAAUAUGACUUUACUGUUUGGGUCGCCACAGUGGCAUCAGGCGUAUUCAUCGACUUUGCGUAUGCUCUUUACUGUGGAGUAGGACUAAGCAUUUUUCUUAUAGUAUUUCAAAGUCAGAGAGGCAAGAAGAGUCUAUUUGGAAAACUGAAAAAUGAGGACCUGUACACUGAAGAAUCAAAGUUUACGAUCCUUCCACCCUAUGUAAAGGUCUUCAAAAUGGAUGCGUCACUUUACUUCGCCACCGCCGAAUCCUUCCGCGAAACUUUGUUCAAAUUAACUUGGGAUCCACGAGAAAUAAAUAAAGACUCGAAUGAAGUAACCAUUCCCGUAGAAUCUUUACCAUCAAACACAGGCAAAAAGGCACCUCCAGAUGACACAACAAACGACGAAACCAAAAUUGUCAUCAUUGACUGUUCAUCUUUUAACUAUGUUGACACGAACGGAAUUUCCACUCUCUCGCUUGUGGUGAAGGAGUUCCGGUCUGUUGGGGUUAUUGUGUUCUUGGUUCGAUGUACUUCUAGUUUUCUGGCCGUCAUGGUUAGGUCUGAUUUAAUGGAGACUGUGGGUGAAGGAAAUAUUUACCCAGAUAUUGUUGACGCAGUGUCUUUGAAUAUUAUGGACACACAACUUUAGACUUACAAGAGAAUUACACAUGUAUCACUUGCAUAAAAAUAUCGAAAUUGUAUAAAAUUCUUUUGUUAUUAGUAUUUUUCUUAAUGUUUUAAUUAUACUUAUCAUAAAAAUAAAUCCUAGUUUGAUUCACAGCGAAAUUUCUUUGUUUGCAAAUAUAGUGAAACUUAUGCUACUGAAAUAAUUAUUUAUAUUCAAAGAUGUGUUCGAAUUACAUUUUGAUCAAUUAUGACAUGCAUUGCUGAAUUAUUAUAUAAAAAUAUUCACAAAAAGUUGUAGAUAUAAGUUGGAAAAGAACGCCUUUUGUGUUGU